AUGGUGGUGCUGUCGUCCACGCACUGGGGCGUGCUUGCUAACUAUUUUGAGCUCUUCGCCAAAGUGGCCCAGCAUAUAUUCCACAGCAAUUGGCUCAUUUCCGUCAAGGCCAAGGAGAGGCACGACCGCGCCACGGCUUGCUUCGAGCCAGACUUCCCGGGAUACUCGCUGACACGCGAGGACAUGGCCUCGCUCACGCUCCUGGAGCCGACGCGACGCGCCUUUCUCGCGUCCAACACCUCGGUGCCUGGCGUCACGAGCGCCGAGCUGCGGCUUCCUGGUCUCGAGAUGCUCCAGGGCGAGCAGAUAUUCUUCACGGUGCUGUGCUUCACUCUGUGCGGCAGCAUGGUGGCCGACGCAGAUUCAUCCGGCCGGGCGGCCAGCGGAGAGAAUCGCUGCAACGUCCCGCUCAUGCACAGCACGCAUUUUGCAGCCGCCUUCAAAUGUCCUCCGGGAUCUCCGAUGAAUCCCGAGUUCAAAUGCACUUUCUGGUAAUAUAAUUCGGUCAGAUUGAUAUAAUUAUAACAAUAAUAAUAAUAUAACUCACUCAAUCAAUUAACCGUACAUUAUAGUGCUCAGCAACAGUUCAGCCUUUGUGCUGGCACACUCGCGGAGUAAUACAAAAGACAGAAUGUGCAGAAAAAAAAUGUGCUAUACAAAGUAAGGAGCCGUGCGUGAAAGUGAGUUAAUCACACAACAUGAUCAUUUACACUUGUA